UAUCAUUAAUUAAAACGAUGUUAUAGCGUGAAUCACGUUAAGUUCGUCUUUUCUUUCUUUCGUUGUUUUAUUUUGUUUGCUUUUUGUCUAUAAUUCUGCCUUUUUAGAAAGAGCUUGACAUGUAAUUGAGCUUGCAUUUGAAAUAAUCACGAGAAUUAGCUGUUUGAAGGCAACUAUGGUGAAAGAGACUGGGUUUUAUGAUAUGCUGGGUGUAAAGCCCAGUGCCAGCCCAGAAGAGUUGAAGAAAGCCUAUCGUAAACUGGCACUGAAAUAUCACCCGGAUAAAAAUCCAACAGAGGGGGAGAAGUUCAAACAGAUCUCCCAGGCGUAUGAGGUUUUGUCAGAUGCCAAGAAGAGAGAAGUGUAUGACAGAGGUGGCGAGAAAGCAAUUAAGGAGGGAGGAAGUGGAGGGCCAAGUUUUGGCUCCCCCAUGGACAUCUUUGAUAUGUUCUUUGGAGGAGGGGGACGCAUUCACAGGGAAAGGAGAGGAAAGAAUGUGGUGCAUCAGUUGACAGUUUCAUUGGAGGACCUUUAUAAUGGAGCCACUAGAAAACUGGCUGUCCAGAAGAAUAUAAUCUGUGAAAAGUGUGAAGGUCGGGGGGGCCGUAAAGGAGUGAUAGAAGUGUGUUCAUUGUGCCGUGGAGUGGGCGUACAGGUCCGAUUACAUCACUUAGCACCUGGCAUGGUACAGCAGAUAUCAACAGUCUGUGCUGGCUGUCAGGGCCAAGGCCAACGACUCGGUCACCGUGACCGCUGCAAAGCAUGUGCUGGUCGCAAGAUACUACGGCAGAAGAAGAUUCUUGAGGUGCAUAUUGAUAAAGGUAUGAAAGAUGGACAGAAAAUUGUUUUCCAUGGGGAGGGGGACCAGGAGCCUGGCCUUGAACCUGGAGACAUUAUCAUUGUAUUAGACCAAAGAGCACAUCCAGUUUUCACCAGACAAAGAGAGGACCUCAUCAUGAGCAUGGAGCUACAGUUGGUCGAGUCAUUAUGUGGUUUUCAAAAACCCAUUAAGACACUAGACAACAGAACUCUACUCAUCACAUCCCAUCCAGGGGAGUUGAUCAGACCUGGAGAUAAGAAAUGUGUUCUGAAUGAAGGGAUGCCUAUGCACCGUCGUCCAUUUGAGAAAGGCAGACUCAUCAUUCUUUUCAGUGUUGUCUUCCCUGAAGAGAACUUCCUCCCAUUGAACAAACUAAAGGAGUUGGAGAGAUACCUACCUGGAAACCAAGCAAAUACUGAGCCUGAAGGCAUGGAUGACGACCUCUAUAUCUAUGCUGACCUUGAAGACUGUGACCUGACCCAUGAACGUCAUCAAUACCACUAUAUAGAGGAGGAAGACUUUUACCCUGGUGGUGGUGUACAGUGUCAAACCUCAUAGAGAUUACUUGUCUUUUACCCCUGGUUAAACAACAAAUGCCACCUCUGCUGGAACUCAAAAAAAUAAAAAGGACCAAGAGGAAAUACGUUUUAUUACCUCUCAACUAGUUCUGUGCCUAGAAUAAGACCUUUGUGCCAACCUCUUGUGUCAUUGUUUGAAAUAAUGUUCCCUUCCAAAACUGGGAGCUGAUAAUUAGUGACAUAAAGUGAGGGGAUCUUUAAAAUGACAUCAAGCAGAGUUUUAAGACUGGUGCCACAGAGAAUUGAAGAAGAGUUUAUAGAUAUUAGUGUAGCAGUUUAAAAGGGUGGGGGUGUUCAGCUAAGUAGUUUGUUCCAUAAUCCCAGAAAAAUUUAUCUUCAAGAUUUAUUAACAUUGAGGAUCAAGUUCUCAUCAUGAGUUGGACAAACCAUUAUAAUCUUUGUUGUAUUUUGUAUAUUGCAAAUUAAUUGUGUGUUAAAUGUAAGAUCAUUUGUUGAUCUUGAUAUUGUUGGAAAUUUUCUAUAUGCUACCAGCUGAAUGCUAAAUGUUUUUGUAGAACUAUUUGAACUAAUAGGGGAAAUAACUUCAAGGUUUAAAAUGAAAGAAAAAAAGUUCAAAAUAAUGGCAAACUGUGAAGAAGCAAGAACACAAAAAGCCUUAUUUUGUUGAACGUGCUAUUGUUUAAUUUGCUUACUACGUUAACCUACUUGCAUGUUGUUGAUAGUGUACUAUCUGGCCAAAUAUCAACAUUUCACACCAGGGCCACUUCCAUUUAAUUUGAUCAUGUUUGAGACAUAACUGCCAAGGAUUUUUAAUGAAAAGGAGUCUUUUCAUGUUGCAUUUGUUUGCAGUUAUUUAACAAUUCAGAAAACAUUCGACUUCUAUUUAGUAACGAUUUUAAAAUGUAAAUUAAAUGGCACAUCAAAUGUUUAGACAAAGUUAUACACAAUACAAUUUUGAAAUAGUUUUGCAGCCAACUUGCAUACCUCUCAUGUGAGAUCAAGUCUUAAGAUCGCUUUUAUUAAAGGGUUUUUUUGCCACUCAAUUUUCUCUGUUAACACAAUCCUGCUCUGUCUACAUUUCAAGGACAUUAAUUUGGAGACUGCAAAUGCUAUUAAUUUCUUUUCUCAUGUCUCCCGGCAGAAAAGUGUUCUAUACGAUUAUUUUAUUAUCUGUAUUGUCUUUGAAGAAUACUUUUAAAAAGUGUGAAAUUAUGACCAAUAACUUUGACAUUCGUAGUUCUAUUUAUAAAUUAAAUGUAACAAUGUUA